CGAUGCAACUGUUCCCUUGGCGAUUGCCGUCAAGGCCGUGAUCAUGAUUUCUACUCAGAAUUACUGCUAUUACUACUGAAAGAAAUCACUCUUCAACCUUCCCAUUUUCUCGACAUGUUUUCCUCGUCAAAUGUCCCCGUCACUGAGGGACUCGUCUACAACUUUGACGACGAGGAGAACGCGCUCAAAUGGAAAGGAGUUUUUGUUGCAUCUCUUCACAAGGUGCUGAGUCAGGUUCAUCCAACCCUCAAGGCCAAAGAUGAUGCCCUGGAAUAUGUUGAAAGACUUAUUUUAAAAUUGUUGGGAAUGUUGUGUGCCAGACCACCCCCUCAUACUGUUCAAGAUGUUGAGGAACGGGUACAGAAAACUUUCCCCAAUCCCAUUGAUCGGUGGGCCAUUAGUGAGGCCCAAGCUGCCCUCGAAAAGGGAAAGAAAAAAUCACCAAUUGUUCUUCCUGUGGACAAAGUCCACAACUUAUUGCAGAAGGAGGUUUUACAGUAUAAGGUGGACCACCAAGUAUCACUUUAUGUGGUAGCUGUGUUGGAAUACAUUUCUGCCGAUAUGCUCAAGCUUGCCGGGAAUUAUGUCAAAAACAUUCGCCAUGUUAAGGUGGCGUCUCAAGAUAUCAAAGUGGCCAUGUGUGCUGAUAAGGUGUUGAUGGACUUGUUUCAUCAAGACGACGACGAUCAGCUGUCAAUAGAAGAUGAACCGUUAACACCGAGCACAAGCGGUGUCCCCGGUAUGAUUGGUGGUACUGGCUUAUCAGGGGGACCGUCGCCAACAACUGUCACCUACGAUCAAGUUGUACGUGACCUAAUCCAAGAGGAACGCCAGUACUUGCGAGAUCUGCAUUUGAUCAUGAAAGUGUUCCGUGAACAAUUGGCUACACUUGCACCGCCACCGAGCCCGGCUGAGCUGGAUGCCAUAUUUUCCAAUAUUGAGGAGAUAUAUGAAUUGACGGUGACACUCCUUGGCUCUUUGGAGGAUACUCUAGAAAUGGCCGAAGAACCUCAUCAGGCUGCAGCACCGCCUGUGGGAAGUUGCUUUGAGGAGUUGGCAGAAGCAGCAGAAUUCGACGUCUAUGACCGAUACGCUAAGGAUGUUCUCUCGCCCGCUUGUCGCGAAACAUUACAGGCGGUGCUCUCACGACCAGAUGUUGGUCAUUCGCUGCAAACAGGAGGCCAUGGUUUCCGUGAAGCUGUUCGUUAUUAUCUACCAAAACUGCUUUUAACGCCGGUCUAUCAUUGUUUCACGUACUUUGACGUAGUACGCUUUCUUCAUCGGCUUAGCGUUAGCAAAGAAGAUCGAGAAAGUCUAGAGCAAGUGGAAGGACUGCUGAAGCCACUCCAAGUUGAGCUGGAACGCCUAUUAUCGUUUUCAGGCGUUGGCGUCAAUCUUCCAAAACGCAAACCCAGCGAAACGGGCGGCAUUGGACCCGCAGGGCCUUUAGUCCGCACUGGUUUAUUAGGGGGGCCACGCAGUAGCAGGCCGGCCGCUCUUUGCAAAUUACAAGAAUUGCAGCGUUCCAUCGACGGCUGGGAAUGUAAAGAAGCCGGUCCAGCUUGCAAUGAAUUCAUUUAUGAGGGCCAAAUCGGCAAAGUGGGGGCAGGCAAACGAUUAACAGAGCGUUACGCCUUCCUCUUCGACGGCCUCCUAUUGCUGUGUAAAGCCUCUGGCCAUGGCCGCCGCUCAUCUGCCGCUUCUCCCGGUGGUGAAUACCGCCUCAAGGAAAAGUUUUUUAUUAGAAAAGUUGAGAUUUUGGACCGCGAGGACACAGAUGAUCUGCGUAACGCGUUCGAAGUCGCACCCCGCCAACAGCCACAUUGUGUCCUUUCCGCACGAACGGCCGAAGAAAAAGCCAAUUGGAUGGCCGCUCUUGUGAUGCUCAACACCAAAUCCAUGCUGGAACGGACGCUGGACGUCAUUCUCCUAGACGAAGAGAGGAAACAUCCUUUAAGAUUACCACCGCCUUCCAUCUACCGUUUCGCUGAAGAGGACUCAGAAACCAAUUUGGUGCUUGAGACGAGAGAAAAUGGCGGAGUACCCCUUAUCAAAGGUGCGACUCUUUUGAAGCUUGUUGAGAGAUUGACGUACCACAUGUACGCGGAUCCGAUGCUGGUCAGAACUUUCCUCACUACCUACCGGAGCUUUUGCAGCCCGACCGAACUUUUGGAAUUACUAAUAGAACGCUUCGAAAUGCCAGAACCUCCUUGGGAUGAAACUGGUGGUGGACUUGUGGGCAAUAGUGGAUUAAGCGGACUCGGUGUCGAUAGUGGCAACAACGUGAAUGGGACGAUGGAAGAACCUGAUCCUUUGGAGCCGACGAGUCGUGAAGAUGUCAAGCGAUUCCGCAAACAGUACAUGCAGCCGGUUCAAUUCCGCGUCCUAAAUGUUCUUCGCCAUUGGGUCGAUCACCAUUUUUAUGAUUUCGAGCGUGAUCCUGGACUUCUUCAACGUCUUCAAGGAUUUUUGGAUGGCGUAGCGCGUGGCAAGUUUGUUCGCAAAUGGGUCGAAUCGAUCCACAAGAUUGUAGCCCGUCGUUUGGAAUGCUGUGGUCGAGGGGGUCGAGGAGGACAAGCCGAAGAGCAACGAGAAAUUACUUUUGGUUUUGACCGAUCUCCACCACCCAUCGAAUGGCACCUCAAUUGUCCGGAAGAUGAAUGGGACCUAAUGACACUCCAUCCAAUCGAAAUUGCACGUCAGUUGACACUACUUGAAUUCGACCUGUACCGGGCUGUCAAGCCAUCCGAGUUAGUUGGCUCCGUCUGGACCAAAAAAGACAAGGAACAACGGUCACCGAAUUUGCUCCGAAUGAUCCACCACACAACAAAUGUGACGCGUUGGUUCGAGAAAACUAUUGUGGAAACUGCAAAUUUUGAAGAGCGUUUGGCUGUCAUCUCCCGCAUUCUCGAGAUCCUUAUUGUUUUGCAAGAGCUCAACAACUUUAACGGUGUUAUCGAGGUAGUCAGUGCCAUGGGUUCGGCCUCGGUUCACCGGCUAACUCUAUCGUUGCAAGCCAUUGGUCCAAAAUUGGACAAGGCACUGGAAGAGGCCAAGGAGUUGUCAGCCGACCACUUUCGCAAAUACCAAGAAAAGUUGCGUUCCAUCAAUCCACCGUGCGUGCCCUUUUUUGGCAUGUACCUUACCAACAUCUUACACAUAGAGGAGGGUAACCCCGAUUACCUACCACGGUCUUCCUCUUCCUCCAAUCGCGAGGGAUUGAUUAAUUUUGCCAAGCGACGUAAAGUGGCGGAAAUCACCUCGGAAAUUCAGACCUACCAAAACCAGCCAUACUGCCUGUCGCUGGCGCCGAGGAUUCGUCACUUUUUGGAGGUUCUCAACCCUUUUGAAGACCUCAACGAGACGGAAAUCAGCAACUAUCUUUAUCAGGCAAGUUUGGAGGUAGAGCCGCGUGGUUGCAAACAGCCAAUUAAGGCGCCACGAAAGUGGCCCGACGCCAAGCUCAAAUCGCCGGGUAUUAAGCCGCGUUCGCUCCUCAGCCGGCACAUCCCGCACCCACUUCCAUCCAUGUCUUUCUUCGCUUCUAAUCAACGAUUGAGCGCAAUCAGUGGCGCUGACGAUUCUUCCUCCAACAGCGAUCAACGUGGCAACAACUCGAUUGCGGGAUCGACUUCGAUUCACGAUCAUCCAAUCAUGGAGAGCAGUGGCAUGACGCGUGGAAACACGCCGACAACACCUUCUACUCCGCUGACGCCCACCACUCACCACAACAGUGAUAACAGUGUCUUUGCGCCCGUCCUUAUAGGGGGCGGAUUAGUCACGCCGUCGUCGGCCGGGUCCUUCAUCAGUCUCUCUCCGGGUCCACCGCCGCCACCUUAUCCGGCGCCAACGAGACCCCUUUCUCCUCUGCCACCUCCGCUACCACCUCGUCGGAAGCGCGAGUCUUCGCUGGGCGAUGUCUCGCCGAAAGUCAAACAGGCACCAGAUGCACCAACUCUUCCUCCAAGAGACUCGUCUCCUCCACCACCUCUUCCGCCUCGCCGUGACGCGUCUGCCAAUGCCGCCAACGGUUCGAAUGCCGUCAUCUCCGGCGGAGCAACUCCUCUGGCGACGCUUCCGCGAGCCCAUUCCGUGGCUGCGCUUUCAUCGUCGGCGACGUCGUCUGGUCGUCCUGCUCCGACGUCGCCGCACAUUCCGCCGCGACCUCAUCAUCAUCCACACCAUCAUCCGCACCACCACCAUCCCCCUCCGCCUCCGCCCCCAGUUCAGCAACAUCCAACGCCGCUCAAUUCCAACGAAACUUUCCAGAACCAUAGCGCCUUCCGCUUCCCACCAGCACCUCCUCCACCGUGCAGCAACAACAUCAUGGGACUGGGUGAUCGCAAUGUUGCAGGUACUAAUGAAUUAACAGGGGGAGGUGCUCCCCUACCGCCUGCCCUAUCCCGGCGCCAUUCUGCCAUGGAUGUUAGCCCAUCCAUGUCAGCUACUGGUGUUCCCCUAUCUCCGUCGCCAUUCCAUCCUCAUCUUGGAACCUCAACGGUAGGGCAAGCAGCAGCCCCUGCGCCACCUCUUCCUAGUCUUAACCCACCUCCUUCUCCUCUUGUUCCAAUUCCACCUCGACGCUACUCAACGAUGCUGCAGCAUAAUGGCUCCACCGGCGGUCCCUCCAUUCACUCCCCACCUCUACUUCCUCCGCCACCUGCUGCAGUCGCCCCCUCCAUCAUGGCCGAACCCCGAUCGACAUGUCGAUGAGUUACUCCCCUAAGCUUUGAAUUUUUUUUUCCCCUCAAUACCUGACAAGGUCUUCGUCUUUCGUGUUUGUUGCUAAUCUUUGUCUAACAACAUGCGCCGAGUUCUUUGGAUGUGUAUUUUUUGUCAACUUUAUAUUUUUAUUUGAAUGGUUAAAAUUAUCGAAGCGGCCAAUAAUCAAGUGGAAGUCUCGGAUGCUGUGAUCAUACUCCCCCAUCCGAGACAUGUUGUUUCUUUCCCCACUCUUUUUUUGCAACCCUUGAUAUCGUCUGAUCGGACAACAACAAUUAUGAAAGGAAAAUUGAAGUUCAUUAGACACGCGUGAUGGAAACUUACAAUUUGCUUAGAAUGACUUGUGCUUGGAUGAUGUUCCCAGCUUACUUUGUUUGUAUGUGAGUGUGCGUGUGUUUCUCUUACUUUCCAAUUAUAGCACUUGCUAUGCGCACAUAUUUGUUCAUAAUUACGUCGGUUUUCGGCCCCCCAAGAAUCGAACUGUUUGUUCGUUAAUUAUCUAUGUACAGCCCUUAAUACGCAAUCCCUUUUGUUUCUUAUCUUUUUUUUUUAAGUUGUAAUCCCCUGUGUAACCUAACUAGAUUGCACUAACAAACAUCAUUGUCGUCGUAUACUUACCCCCAUCCCUUCCACCCUGAAUUAUUUUGUAAAAUGUAGCAAUUGUGUGUGGUGUUUAUUUUAUCUUGUGGACUGAUUUCCUUUUAUACCUUAUAACGUAA